AUGUAUACUCCUAGUGAGGACACUUGUGCUGUUGAAUAUUUCAACCGAUUUUUUGCUCCUGUGGAAGAAGAUGGCCAGUCCCUUUGGACAUUGUUGGUUCAAGAGACUAACAAAUAUGAAAAAUACUAUGUACGUAAAAACCCUGUUCUCAGUCCAAAGAGUAAAGUACGCAAAUGGGAGGAUGUUGAUGUAAACAAGAUGAAAGCUUUCAUUGGUAUUAUCCUAAACAUGGGGCUGAUAAAAAAGCAUAGUAUAGAGUCUUACUGGAACUGCAAGGACUAUUCACAAGAUACCCCAAUGUUUAGGAAGGUAUUCAAACUAGACACAUUCAAACUUUUGUUGCAUUUUUUCCGUGUCUCAGACAGUGAUUUAGAACCCAGCAAAGGUGAUGCCAACUAUGAUUUAACUUACAAAUUUAGAAAUGUUUUGCAACACUUCAAUUCUACCUGGGCUAGAGAGUUUGAAUUGGGACAAAACAUUUCUAUUGAUGAAAGCAUUGUGGGUUUCAAAGGGAGACAUCAUCUGGUAAAUUACAUAAAAAUAAAGAAACAUCAUCAGUGGGGACCCAAAGAAUACAAUCUUUGUGAUGCAGAGACUGGAUACUGUCACCAAACUGUUUAUCACACAAAAGGUUUGAAAGUCAGCCAAUAUGGUCAACCAUUCGAUGUUUGUGAUAAACUUCUGACAGGUCAUGGCAAUAAAAAUCAUCAUCUGGUAGUGAAUAAUUAUUAUACAAGUAUUGCUCUAUGUGAGGAAAUGCUGAAAAAAGGCAUUUAUGUUACAGGCACAGUGUGA